CCUAACUCUUGUUCAGACUCUCUCGUCCAUUUCGGUUCUAAUAUGGGGUUGGAUAUAGUCCAAUUUUUUGAAAACAAGACCAUCUUAGUCACAGGAGCCACUGGCUUUCUCGCAAAGAUUUUUGUGGAGAAGAUGCUUCGGAUUCAACCAAAUGUCAAGAAAAUGUACGUUCUUAUUAGAGCUAUGGACAAACAGGCGGCGACACAACGGUUGCAUGAAGAGCUCAUACAAAAGGAGUUAUUCGACAUUUUGAGGGAAGAAUGGGCCGAGAAUUUCAACUCAAUUGUGGAGAAAUUGUCUCCAAUUCCUGGUGACGUUUCUUGCGAGAAUUUGGGAGUACAUGAUUUUGAUUUGAGGUCGGAGAUGUGGAGAGAGAUAGACAUAAUUGUUAGUUCGGCCGCGUCUACCAAAUUUGACGAAAGAUAUGACAUUGCACUAGCAGUCAAUGCAUUUGGAGCGAAGCAUGUUGCUGAAUUUGCUGCAAGAUGUGUCAACAUAAAGAUGCUACUCCACAUAUCGACUGCAUAUGUAUGUGGUAAUAUGACUGGAGUUAUACAAGAAAAGGCAUUUAGCAUGGGUGAGACGCUCAACGGGUCAAGGAAGUUGGACGUGAAUAAAGAGAAGCUCUUGGUUGAAGAAUUGAUGAAUGAACUUUGA